UAACCCACAUGCUAUCCUCCCAAAACUCUGAAACCAACAACCAUAUGAGUGACACAAUUUCCCCAGAUUACUCAUCAAUCAACCAUCUCAUCCCCAAUCCCAUGGUCCUCUUUUUCUUCUAGGGUUUCUUUUAUUUUUAUUUUUAUGUUUAUUAUUAUACACACAAGAUAACAAAAUAAAAUCCCUCUUUCUCUCGUUUUCACACUCAUCACUCCCAUCGAUUCAAUCAAUUAAAACCCUUACCUCAAUUUCCCCGCCAAAUUAACAACUAUGCAAUCUCAAUCGCCGUCGUCUUCCACCGACACCACCGCCGUCACAAUCGAUUCCACGCCGUUACUCACCACCCCCGCCUCUUCCGACGGAAUAUUCCGCAACCGUCAAUUCGUCUCCACCACUCCUUCCCUCCGCGGCGCGGCCAGGUUCCUCCGUCGCGCCAGCAGCCGGAGAAUGCUCCGUGAACCCUCCAUGCGCGUUCGCGAAUCCGCCGCUGAGCAAAUCGAAGAGCGGCAGACUGAUUGGGCUUACUCGCGUCCGGUUGUGAUUCUAGACUUGAUUUGGAACUUAGCGUUUAUAAUUGUGUCGGUUUCGGUUUUGAUUAUGAGUCGAAAUGAGGAUCCGAUUCGGCCGUUGAGGCUUUGGAUAGUUGGAUAUGGUUUUCAGUGUUUGCUUCAUAUGGUUUGUGUUUGUGUUGAGUAUAAACACAGGUAUCAGCAACGUUUGUCUGAGUACGGUGCUGCCGGUUUGAGAUCAUCGGGAAGUAAUCGGAUAUCGAAUGGAAAUUCAAACUCUUCUAGUUCGGGGAGCGAAGGAAGGGAGUAUGCGGAAUUAUCACCCUCACAUAAUGAUGUUGAUGAUGACACUAGUGUUGCUAAGCACCUGGAAUCUGCUAAUACAAUGUUUUCCUUUAUUUGGUGGAUUGUUGGAUUCUAUUGGGUGUCUUCUGGUGGUGAACAUCUUACUCAGAAUGCACCUCAGUUAUACUGGCUAUGUAUUACAUUCUUAGCAUUUGAUGUGUUUUUUGUCGUUAUCUGCGUUGCUGUGGCAUGUGUUGUUGGUAUUGCUGUUUGUUGCUGUCUACCUUGUAUUAUUGCAAUCUUGUAUGCAGUGGCUGAUCAGGAGGGUGCAACCAAGGAUGACAUUGAACGAUUGCCUAAAUUCAAGUUCAAGAGAAUAGAUGAUUUUGAGAAGCAAAAUGGGGAGAUUCAAAAAGGUUAUGGUGGAAUAAUGGUAGAAUGUGAUACUGAUGCACCUGUUGAACGUGCUUUGUCUGAGGAGGAUGCUGAAUGUUGUAUUUGCCUUUGCACGUAUGAUGACGGAACCGAACUUCGUGAGCUUCCUUGCUGCCACCAUUUUCAUGCCACUUGCAUUGAUAAAUGGUUGUACAUCAACGCCACCUGUCCUCUGUGUAAGUUCAACAUACUAAAGAACGGGAACCAAAGUGGCAGCGAUGAAGUAUAAAUAACCAACUUAUAACAUUUCUUUUGAAGUUCCUGAUCCCAACCUGUUUUUUGGUAUGUGAUUUUAAUGUAAAUUUGAUACAAAGUUCUUGUUAAAAGUUUCCGACUUCCCAGAUCAAGGACUAUAAAGGGAAAAGACAUACCCUUUUUUUGGCGUAUUACUUGGAGCUGUAAAUUACAUGUAUUAUUCAAUCUGCAUGUUGUAGUGUAGUUAUUUCCUUCAGACGGUAUGGCUAUGGUUCUGUGUCACGACCGCACUGGUGGAACUGCAACAUGCAUUAUCAGUUGUAAUCUAUAUGCAUUGUAAGCUGUAGGCUUUGCUGGCGUAGUCUGCAUUAGUGUCUCUGCAUCUUGCACUGUCGGCUGUACUCUAUUCCCUGUAACCUGUAUAUCCACAAUGGCAUUGCUUUGAGUAACGGUGGGAACUUGGUGGAGAAAGUACCGCAUUUGAUUACAAUUCAUAGUUGGCAGAGUUAUUGGCUGGUGAUUUACUUUCAUUUUGAUAAAAUGUUCUGUUAUUAUAAAGUAAAUAAAUGCUUAAAUAUCUAUGAUGUUAACGUACAAGUUUGCUUUAUAAUUUGAUCAGAUCUGCGUCUCCCUAUAAA